GGACCCGCCUCCUGCCACCACGUGUCUCUCCGCGCCUCCCGCGGGGCCGCGCGCGCGGCGGCGGAGAGACGGGCAGGAUGGCGCCGUGACAGUCGGGCCGGAGCCCUCGGCGUCUGCAGGCGGCCCGGCCCGCGGCUCGGCCCUCGGCCCGGCGAGAUGGAGUCUGCCGCCUACCCUCUCAGUCUGACCCUGAAAGAAGAGGAGGAGGAGGAGGAGAUUCAGAGCCGGGAGCCGGAGGAUGGCCCCACGGACAUGCAGAAAGUGCGGAUCUGCUCAGAGGGCGGAUGGGUGCCGGCCCUGUUCGAUGAGGUGGCUAUAUACUUCUCCGACGAGGAGUGGGACAUUUUGACCGAGCAACAAAAGGCCCUCUACCGGGAAGUCAUGAGAAUGAAUUAUGAAACAGUCCUGUCCCUGGAAUUCCCGUUCCCUAAGCCAGACGUGAUCUCGCGGUUGGAAGGGGAGGAGGACUGUCCGAAUUCUGACGAGUGGCAGCUCCAAGGAGGACCCUUUCCAGAAAACGAAGACUCCUCGGACGUGAAGCCUCCAGACUGGGCAGGCCCACCGAACGCCACCUCCCACUUGCUGCAGCCUCGGCCCCUGGACGGCCUCGGCCUCCGUCUGCCCCAGGACAUGGCUGAGCUGCCCGAGUGGGGUGAGGGCUACCCCUUCUACAUGGCCAUGGGCUUCCCGGGGUACGACCUCUCGGCUGAUGACCUCGCCGGCAAGUUUCAGUUCAGUCGCGGCAUACGGCGCAGCUACGACGCGGGGUUCAAGCUCAUGGUGGUGGAGUUCGCCGAAAGCACCAACAACUGCCAGGCGGCCAAGCAGUUCGGGGUACUGGAGAAGAACGUCCGGGACUGGCGCAAGGUGAAGCCGCAGCUGCAGAACGCGCACGCCAUGCGGCGGGCCUUCCGCGGCCCCAAGAACGGGCGCUUCGCACUGGUGGACCAGCGCGUGGCCGAGUACGUCCGCUCCAUGCAGGCCAAGGGCGACCCGAUCACCAGGGAGGCCAUGCAGCUGAAAGCGCUGGAGAUCGCGCAGGAAAUGAAAAUUCCGGAGAAGGGCUUCAAGGCCAGCCUGGGCUGGUGCCGCAGGAUGAUGCGCAGGUACGACCUGUCCCUGAGGCACAAGGUGCCGGUGCCCCAGCAGCUGCCCGAGGACCUGACCGAGAAACUCGUCACCUACCAGCGCAGCGUGCUAGCCCUGCGCAGGGCACACGACUACCAGGUGGCCCAGAUGGGCAACGCCGAUGAGACACCUAUUUGCCUGGAGGUCCCAUCACGGGUGACUGUGGACAACCAGGGAGAAAAGCCCGUCCUGGUCAAGACGCCGGGCAGGGAGAAGCUGAAGAUCACAGCGAUGCUCGGCGUCCUGGCCGACGGCAGGAAACUGCCGCCCUACAUCAUCCUGCGGGGCACGUACAUCCCCCCCGGCAAGUUCCCGAGCGGGAUGGAGAUCCGCUGCCACCGGUACGGGUGGAUGACGGAGGACCUGAUGCAGGACUGGCUGGAGGUGGUGUGGAGACGCAGGACCAGCGCGGCGCCCAAGCAGCGAGGCAUGCUGAUCCUCAACGGCUUCCGCGGCCACGCCACCGACUCGGUGAAGAGCUCCAUGGAGAGCAUGGACACCGACAUGGUCAUCAUUCCCGGGGGCCUGACCUCGCAGCUGCAGGUGCUGGACGUGGUGGUCUACAAACCGCUCAACGACAGUGUCCGCGCCCAGUACUCCAACUGGCUGCUGGCCGGGAACCUCGCGCUCAGCCCCACCGGCAACGCCAAGAAGCCGCCCCUCGGCCUCUUCCUGGAGUGGGUCAUGGUGGCCUGGAACAGCAUCUCCAGUGAGUCCAUCGUCCAGGGGUUCAAGAAGUGCCACAUCUCCAGCAACCUGGAAGACGAAGAUGACGUCCUGUGGGAGAUCGAGAGCGAACUGCAGGGAGGAGGGGAGCCGCCCAGAGAGUGCGAGGCGGAGGGUGUGACCGAGAGCAACUGAAGCAAAUGGAACUGUGUUUGAAACAGCUGGGGAGGAAAAUCCUCAAGAAGACUCCUCGAUGCAUGGAUGCACCGGGAACGGCUGCAAAAGGCCCUGGGGCCCAUGACAGCUGGGUCCGGACAGCAGCCUGUGCCUCCUAUCCUGGGACACAGCCAGCCCGCCCCACCCCCAGGAAAUGUCAGGAAAGUCUAAGACCCUUAAUUUCAUCGGAGACAUGGUUAGGAAAGAAACUGCUUCUGCCUCAUUUCUUGUUCUAGAGAUUGCUCCGCGUGUCCAUCAGAAGGAACCUGUAAAUACAAACGAACCAUGGCGUUGCCUGGGGAAGAGGCCAUUUGUCCGACACUAACAAGACACUCACGAUACGGGCCCGACUCCCCUGUGUCCUUUCUGGGGAGAAAACCUCAAGAAAUUGUUUUCUUCUGCCUUUAGAAAUGCUUCCAAGAGAAGAGCCUGUCCCCACACAGGUCAGCACUGCAGAGCAGGCUUUGUAGAAAUGUGUCAUUUAUAUACACCUGCUACUUACGCGUUUCUUUUGGGAAAAAUGAAAUACUAAUGAUAACAAAACUCAGACAUCCUGGCCUGGUUGCCAGCAGGUGGCUUUUCUAUAUAGACAACCUAGGUUAGGGUGGAAGAUAACAGGUUAAAAUACACUAUGCUCUUAUUUAUCUUCCCAAACCGGUUGGCAGCUAGACUUUUUAAGGGUCUCAUUUAAUGGCCCUGUUUUUCAUUACUGUUAUAUUUAACGAUAAGGUGGCACUUUAGUACACAAGCUCUUGUUUCUCAGGCUGCCUGCAGAAGUCACCAUAAAUUGUCUGCUGUGUACGUGGUACAAGGCUCACUAACUCAUCUGCUACAUGUUCAUUUCUUUAAUAUUUUUAUCACAAGGGUGGUAAGAGGACCUGGGCCUUUAGCCACAACCGUUUCAAGACUUCUGAUCCCCUUCUAUCCUGCAGGGAGAGAUGGGAGGUCUUUGAAUUUUUACACUAUUGUAAUUUGCAUUCCCACAGAAGUCAAGUGUUAUGGAAACAUUCCUUCAAAGCUGUCUGUACUACAGAAAAUAUGCCAGAACCUCAGAGACAAAGCCAUUGCUAGAAACGUCAUUCCAUCGUCCAAUCUGGAGAACAAGCGGCCAUGACCACCUUUCCUUCCGGUGGGCUCAGCUCGUUUGUAUAUUAUACUGUUCUUGGCAUCUUGAAACACCUAUUUCUACUCAGGUACUCAUUUUCCUAUUAGUGAUCCACCUUUCUCAUUUUUUUAAAGCCAGGUUUCUCCCAGAGGAGGUUUCACUUCUGGUAUCCAAGUAUUUGACUUGUUUUUCCAUGUGCUUUAUCUGCACUGUGUUCUUUGUCAUCUCAAAUGGCAUCUAAAUCCAGCUACUUUCCAUUCCAGACGUUCCCAUUCCCUCCAAUUCCACUUAAUUUAUCCUCCACUGCCCUGAUUCCUGGCCCUUUCCUCCCGGUGUCCCAUUUUACUUGCUUUGGGAGCUUAAAAGGAUCUUAGGACUAAUUUUGGGUUCCUCCAUUGGAGCCACAGUUACCUUGCAGAGAGUAGUAGAAAAUGGGUUCAACUUCUGUUUCGUUCCACCACCACCUCGAGUCUCAUCAUCAGCUGACAGAUGAUGCCUUACAGGCUGCAUAGCACUAGAACUUUCCUAGAGUAAUGGCUCAGCUGUGAGGAUUUUUCUGGGCUCCUUCUUCCACUGACUGAAUUACGAUCUAUGCUAACAGAGCCCCAGUGCAGUUUUGCAGACUGGCUGUUACCCUGGAGUGACUAUAGCACACACUGAGACACACCUGUGCUCCCCAGUAGAUAGAAACUGACCUCAACAAUAAACUUUGAUAAUAAAGACAA